GAACAAUGGAACCCGUCAACAUAUCCAGGAAAAGACGACGAGGGAAAUGUAAAAAACGGCAGGUCACCCAAAAAGCUUCUUCAGACGGGCUCGUGCUCUCAGCUGCUGAAGGUGGAAGCCAAGAGAAGCUCGAUGCUGUGGUGGACAUACAGGGUCUGUCAGCCCUCCACAUGGCCUGUCUUUAUGGCCAGCUGGCAACCAUUCGACUCCUGCUGGACUCCAGGCCGGGGUGGAUCAGCAUCAGAGAUCAGCAGGGUCGCCAGCCUAUCCACAUGGUCCUGUCCUCCCUGAGCUCCCCAAACACCUCCUCGUGCGUCAGACACCUCCUGGAGCACGGGGCUGAUGUCCAUGUCACCACAAAUUCAGGGGUGACCCCGCUGCACCUGGCUUCCUCUGAGGGCCUCCUGGACUGUGUAAAAAUCCUCCUGCAAGCUGGAGCAGAUGUUCUGGCUCAGGACAGCAUGGGACUUACUCCUCUGGAUUUUGCCCGAAUCUUCUGCCACAGGAAGGUUGCAAGGUAUCUGAGAAGCUUUAUAUGGCAGAGAGACAAGGACAAAGAACUGAGGGAGAGGAUGUUAGUUCAAGCUUUAUACAGGGAUCUGGUGGACAUGGUGAAACUGAAUGAUCUCAAUAAAAAGACACUUACCAAUGAGAAGAUUGCAGAGUGGGCCAAAAAGAAAGGGUUUCCUCCCCUUAAGGAUUUCUCCCCCAGAGUCCAGCUGAGUAAAUUCCACACCAAGUGCCUCUGUUCAGAUCAAGACAGCUCUAAUGUAAAAACCACCAAGGAACCACCAGAGAACCACAAGGAAAGGCUUAAGAAACCUCCAGCCUCCUCGUCCAGGCCAUGGUCUGUCUACACUGUCCUCGGGUCGGAGAGAGCCCCCAGAGAAGAGCCAGACCUCCGGGGCUCUGUCACACUGUGGAGGGACAGCAGCAAGAAACCGUCUCAGUACAAGACAGAGUGGGACAGCACACCUCGCUCUGCCCCUGACCUGCCUUUGGAUGUCCUGGAGAGGGUGUUAUUCCCCAGAGCCUACCCCUCCAGGAUCGACUCCCUGAGGCACUUUGAGCCUCAGGACAUCAUGGAGGUCCAGCAAAGAGGAUACCCCCAGGAGGAGAGCACCUCCCUCUGGACGGAGGUGGUCAUGCAUCUGGUAGAGGUGCUGGAAUUUGGACACUACUGAUGCUGGCACCCUUUUCUUGAUUACAGUCAACUAUGA